CUCUACUGCCACGCUAACGUACAGGUGUUUUAACGUACACCUGUAAACGCCGGCUCCACCCCAUGUUAAGUUCUCAGAUCGCCUAUGACCGCACGGCGAAGUGAGGUAGAGACGCACUCUGGCUGGAUCAUCCUAUUAAGUGCGUAAAACGUAGAAGAGGCUCCAACAUGUCGUCGACCGCACCCAUCAUAACAGGCUUGCUCAUGGCCUCGGCUGUCGUUUAUCUCGGCGUCAAGAACCGAAGUCUCCGUCAGGUGGCGCUUGAUAAUUCCCUGGAGGCGGAUAAGAUGCUGAAUGACAGAAAUUACCACUUAUCCAACUGCCAGAAAUUGAUCGAUCCUAUGAAGAACGAUCUUGAGAGUCUGGAAAGACAGCUCAGAGAGCAAAAUGAUCUUCUGUCUGCCAACCAAGGAAAACUCGAUUCCCUGAAAUCUAUUCAAGCAAACGUCGACGCCAAACGAACCGAAAUUGCCGACCUGCAGAAGAAACUCGACGAGGCCAGCGUGACGCUCGUCAGUCCUCCGCGAAGAAGAUAAGAAGAAGAAAGAAGAAGAGGCGAAGAAAGCGGAAGAGGAGAAGAAGAAGGCGGAAGAAGAGGCAAAAAAGAAGGCGGAAGAAGAGGCAAAGAAGAAGGCGGAAGAGGAAGAGGCAAAGAAGAAGGCGGAGGAAGAGGCGAAGAAGAAAGCAGAAGAGGAGGCGAAGAAAGCAGAGGAAGAAAAGAAAAAAAAUGAAGAAAAGAAGGCGUAAUGACGAAGAAGAAUGGUAGUGCC